AUGAAUUCACAACAAUUGGAAUUUUCACCGCAACGACCGUACGAUAACCAAGGUGGACGUAGUCGCAGUCGGACCGGAAAACACUUCCACCGCACCUCAUUACUUAUUAAGGCCUUUAAUCAUAAAUUUCGCUUAGAUUUGGAAUUAAAUUCGCAACUUUUAUCGCCCAAUAUACAACAAAAACAUUAUAUGUCCAACGGAUAUGCCAUGGAAGGUGGUCGACACGAUAUCGAACACUGUUAUUAUCAUGGCACGGUUAAAGAUUAUCCUGGUGCUAGUGCUGCCUUUCACACCUGCAACGGAGUUAGCGGUGUUAUUCACGUAGGAAAUGAAACUUUUGUUAUACAUCCAUUUUUCGGAGGUGAUUUAUCGAAACAUCCGCACGUCAUUUUCGAAGCACGAACCAAAGCGAAUAAAGGUUGUGCGAAUACGGGCGCAUUGGAGCGACGAAUGUCGGGUGUUAGACGACAAAAGCAUAUAUCUGGAUAUCGUAGUGAAUCGGCCGAUGUCGAAGAAGAACAUGCCAACGGUGCUGGACGAUACAAACGUGAUGUACGCGAAGCAACCAAAUACAUUGAAACUGCGAUAGUCGUUGAUAAGGCAAUGUUUGAAAAGCGCAACGGUAGCACACGUGCCGAAGUCGUUCACGAUGCUAUUCAAGUAGCAAAUAUUGCCGAUUUGUAUUUUCGUACGUUGAAUACUCGAGUGUCGGUGGUUUAUGUGGAAACAUGGGGUGGUGCCAAUCAAGCACAAAUUGAUGGCAACAAAGACAUCGGCAAAGCAAUUUCCAACUUUAAUGAUUACACGACACGUAAUUUAUUUAAAGUUGAUAAGGAUACGACACAGCUGUUAACUGGUGAAACGUUUGCCGGUGGUGAAGCAGGCGUUGCUGUGCCAGACACAGUUUGCACCCCGAAAGCGGUCGGCAUUAGUGUCGAUAUAAAUGUGUACGAGCCACAUUUACUUGCCGGUACCAUGGCUCAUAUGAUCGGUCACAAUGUUGGAAUGAGCCAUGACGAUGGACGUGAAGAGUGUGUAUGCCGUGAUUGGCACGGUUGUAUCAUGGCCCAAUCGAUUGUCGGUUUGGAAAAUGUUCAACCGUAUAAAUUCUCCGAAUGCAGUAAAAACGACUAUAUUGAUAUGCUGCGAAUGUCACACGGUGGCUGCAUGAUGAACAAACCAAAUGAGCUGGAAAUCGAGCGUCGAAAUUGUGGCAACAAGAUCGUUGAGGACGACGAAGAAUGCGAUUGCGGCACAAAUGAAGAAUGUGAAAACGAUCCAUGUUGCGACAGUAUAACUUGUAAACUAAAGACAGAAGCUGAAUGUGCGUCUGGAAUGUGCUGUGAUAAUUGCAAACUUCGUGAACGUGGCGUUAUUUGCCGUGACGCCCGAAACGAUUGUGAUAUACCGGAACAUUGUACGGGCGACAGUGGUGAAUGUCCGAAGGAUGUGUACAAGAAGAAUGGCAACAAAUGCGGUGAAGUAAAAUCGGCUCUUGGUGAAGUUAUUGCUGAAGGAUACUGUUUUAAUGGCGAAUGCCCAACAUUGGAUGGGCAAUGUGAAAAAAUUUGGGGCUACGGUGGUAUGUCGGCUGAUGAACAAUGCUUUGACCAAUUCAACACGAAAGGUUCCAUCAAUGGUCAUUGUGGAAAAGACAACAAUGGCGACUAUAAAAAAUGCGAACUUGAAAAUGUGAAAUGCGGUUCAUUACAAUGCAAAGAUGGCGAUCGUCAUCCGAAUAUAGCCGGUUUGGAUCAGAUGAGCUCGAAAACAGUCAUAUCAAUCAAAGGAGUCGAGUAUGAGUGCAAAACGACCAGUGGACCUGCGGUGUCUCGCGAGUUCACCGAACAUGGUUUGGUGCAUGAUGGAACGCCAUGUGGUAAAAGUUUGGUUUGUGUCAAUCAAACAUGUGUAAGUUUAUUUCCAUACAUUGACCAAACAAAAUGUCCAACAAGCGCCAACAACAUCGAAUGCAACGGCGAAGGAGUGUGCACAAAUAUGAAUCGAUGUUUUUGUAAUAUGGGCUUUGGUGGGCCGGAUUGUUCAAUCGUUAUACCGGUGACUACAUCAGCACCAACUGACGCCCCACCGGCAAUCAAUAGUGAAAUUUCAUAUGAAAAGAAAGAAACACCAUAUGAAAACUAUCACGGUUCGAAUACGAUGUUUCUGGUCGGUGUCUUAAUGUCGGUCGUUGGAUUCGUAUUCGUAACAUUCACGCUAAUGGCGUUGUGCUACCGAUCAGUUGUUGUCCAUCGUAACUUCACACUGUGUCUAAGAAAAACAACAAGAACCAAAUAUGACCCACCAUACAUUAAAAAGCCAAUCAUCAAAGGAGCUGGCAACUCCAACCAUGUUUCGGUUGAAGAAGUUUCUUUGGACGGAUCAAAUAAACUAAUUACAUACGGUAACACAUUCAGCAGAGACCACAAAAUGCAGUCCAUUCGCCGGUCAAAUAUCGAAGAGGACAAUACACAUUCAGAAAAGGGCAUUCUAAAGAAUGUGCGAGCGUACAGCGGAAUCGUAUUGAAUGAGCACAACAAGGACAAAUGGGCAGAGGACCAUCGUCAGAAUGGCGAUAAUUUGGAGUUGAUACAACAGCAAGGUGAGACUCAAGAUGGUGAAGAGCUAAAAGGCCCAGGAUUUGAGCGUACGGCCAAAGCUCUUGAAGGUUAUCAUGAAGAUAUAAUAUUUAUGAUACAGAACGCACAAUCUUCUUCGCAACGUGGAACAGGAGCGGGCAACACACCAUCGGGCAGUGGCAGCAUCAGUGAAGAGUUACUACGUAAAGCAUUACAAGAGUGCAGUGCGGCCGCAUUAAACUAUGGCGAAUACAAGCGUGGCGGUUCGAAGUCGAGUUCAAAAGAAAACAUUUGCGACAGCAUGCAACCACACUCAAUUAUGGUGGAGAAUGGACCAUCGACAUCGAUGAUGCAUUCACAGCACCGGUCGCACAGUAUGCAUCAACAAUCACAUAUGCAACAAUCACAACAAGCCGACGACGAUGUGGCUACAUCGACCGGUGGUCAAUUACGUAUAAGAAAUAUAGAAGACCUUAUUAGACAAUUAGAACAUCAUUCAACUAGACAUAUGAGUCCAAGCGGUUCAGAAGAUAUACGAAUGUCAGAGAAUGAAGCGGACCGCCAUUAUAGAUUAGAUAGUUCGGCUUGUAGUGAGUCCUCGCAAGGUUCAAAUCAACAAUUAGCUCAGCAACAGAAAACUGCCACAAUUAUGUCAUCAUACAAUUCUAGAUGUAGGCCCCGAUCCGAAGAUGAAAAUCGAUUUGUGUACGGUGUGACGAGGUAUAGACAUCCAACACAAAAUCGGCAUCCAAUGCAUCAACCACAUUCGCCUCAUUCGACACAUUCAUUUGGCCAUCAUUCGCAUCAUGGCCAUGCGCAUGGUCAUGUAUCGCACGGGGCACAUUCAUCGCAUCAUUCAUCUCAUACGCAUUUGCAUCAGGACGAAGAGGGUAUUUACGAAAGUGCCGAUCAUCACGAUCGUUCAAUGGUUGAUCCACGUGUCAAUCGUGAAACUCCAGAUAGCGAAAGUGAUGACUUUAUUCAAGCUCAACCACAAAUAGCGCGAUGGGCGAGUGAAGAUGUCGUCUCCGUGGUGCUGGAACCCGAUUCAACACAGUCCAUUUCUAUAAAAAUGCCGCAUCAAACAGCACCCUCAGUCUCAUUGGUAACAGCACAGUCGGCCAUCAAUACCGGCAACAUCAACGACUCGUCGCUUCAAAUUCAGCAACACCAACACUACCAAGACGCAGUCGAUACUAUUACAUCAACGGCGAUCAUGAGCGACUCACCAAUGGGUUCGGUCGUGCCCAUUCAAGUGAUGACUGGAAAUGGAAUAAAUGUCGGGCACAGGUACUACCCAUCGCCACCAUCAACGGAGACAGAAACAAGCAGUGGAAGUGUUCAACCAAUUCACUUAACGCAAACAACACAGCAACAACAACAUUUAUCGAACCAUCGACACGUCCGUAUCGAUCAAGAUUCCGACGACGCACAAUCAAUGGGGACAUCCGGCUAUCCGGAAUAUAAACACUGAUAGUUAAUUAAUCAUCAUCGAAUGUAUUUGACGUUCAUUUGUUAAAUGAUGACCCCAAACAAUCGAUGCUCAUCAAUUCAUAUCCAAUUAAGAAGCAAAAUGAUGAUGAUGAAACCAAACUAAAUGAUCAAAACGGCAUUCAUUCGUUCGAUAAGUAAAAAAGGAUCGAGUUUGUGAUUCAAAUACAACAUUAACUCGCUCAUUACGAACAAUGUGUUGUCUGUAGCUUAAGCAUUACAAUUAGUUAAGCACUAAAACAAUUUUCACCGUUCUUUUUUUUUCUCAACCACAAAACACAAGUAAAAUAUAAGAAAACGUUGGUCUUUUAAUUUGUAUAUAUUAAACCAAAAUAUGUUAAUUUCGACAUCGAAAAGAAGAAAGAAAAAAAUCUACUCGAUAUUUAUAGUCAUGAAUGCAUGUGCAAGAAAACAGAAUAUUGAAUAUUAUAACAUAAAUGAGAGAGUGUUUUGAUGCUCAAUCGAUUGCAUGAGAUUUAAACAAAAACAAAAUUAACAGAGCGUAAUUUAUAUUUGUACAGAACAAAAAAUAAAAUAAAAUGAAAACAGAUUACAAACCUUAAAAUCGGAUUAAAAUGAUUUUGAUAGUGAAAUAUGUAAAUCAACCUAUAUAUGUGUCAUUAUAUUCGAUCGACAUUCAAAUCAAAAUAUGAAGAAUAGAAGAAUGAACGAAGAAAUCAGAACAAAAAAGACAUAAGAAAUUAAGAGAAAAACAUUUAGAGCAAGAUAAUGAAUAAAAAAUGAAACCAUCGUUACGCUUUAUCAAUAUAGAAUAUAGAUUGUAUAAAAUGAAUUAAAAUAUACUGAUAUAGAUAUUUUAAAGAAAUAAAUUAGCAAACAAGAUCAAAGAGACGUAAAUAUAAUUAUGUCGACAAUGAUUCUAAAUGUAUUCAAAAGUGAACGAACGUGCGUUUCAUGUCAAAAAAUUAGUCCAAUAAAUGGAUUAAACUCAAGGGUUUGUGGUCGGUAAGAAUGAUAAACAACAUUACUUCGUGAAUUUGAAAUUAUUUAUGUGGAAAUUAAAGUACUUGUACAUUUUUAACCGGAAAACAUUUGAAGUGGCGAUCCUUCAAACGAACGCGCGUACUUAUGAAGUCGAUUGCUGCAGUCAGAUACAGCAUACAUUCAAUGCUCGAAUUCACGCGAAAAUCCAAAAUAACUCUCGAAAUUAUAAUAUAGAACUAUUUCAUACAGAAAUCGAAAGAUGGAAUAUAAGUGAGACAGAGAGAUAGAGAAAUUACACGAUAUUGAGAUUAAAGCAGUAACAUUAUUCUAAAUAAAGUUUAAACAAAAACACAGAGAGAAUAAAUAAUGAUUACAUUCCAAAUGCAAAGCUGAUGGCAGAAAAAAAGAUAGAAUUUAGGUUUUAGGAUAGCGCAAAAUAACUUGAUAUAGAAAUUCGCAAAUCAACAAAUAAAAAAAUUACAUUAAAAAAUGCAAAAAAAAUUACCACGAACUAUUUACAUGCGGCACAAUGUAGUUGUAUGUGAUUUCAUAGUUGACAGGAUUAAGAGAAUACUUGUGUACAUAGGACAUAUAACUCUGAUUUGGAUAUAGAUCAAAACUAACAACUAAACAUGAUUAAAUCUAAUCUCGGGUUUACAAUCGAAUCAGAGGUGUUAUUGGCACCAGAGACGUGCAAACACUCACUACUGUCCGCACUUCUAUAUAAUUUUUCAAAUUCCGCACCUGAAGAUAGAAGAAAGAGCAGCGAUUACAAAAAGGUGCUCGCAUCUCCGCGGUGCCUAUAACAGCUCUGAAGAGGCUGCAUUUUACUGUAAGAAAAGAAGCGACACCAUGAUCAAUUAUUAGCGGUCCGGUAUUCAGUCGUCAGCUCGAAUAAUUUAUCUUUAGUACAGAUGAGCAUCGUCAAUAAAGUGAUCGAAAUGUCUAUUAAUUUCAAAUACAAUCGACAUUUUCCAGAUUUUUUUCAUUUUUUGAUUGUAAACUCAAAAUCAGAUUUACUAAAUAGAGACGGUCGUUUUAAAAAUGCAAAACAACACAAUGAUCGUAUAGAAAAAUUAGGAACAGAAAGAUCACAAUAUUCGUCGAUAGUUUGUAUCAUAUAAAACAAUAAACUGAAACCGGCAGAACACACAACAAAAUAUAAAACCUAUAUCAAUUGUUAUGGUUUUGCCCGACUACUCUUAAAUCGAACAUUCCAUUUUCCGAAAUGGCUGAAUGUACAUACCAAGCAACACUUUUUCGUUUUUUUGUCGCUAAGCACCUCAUGCAAACACAGCCAAAAGAAAAAAAAGGUCCUAGAUUUAAUAGAAAAGUUCACAGGCUCACAUCAAAUUCCAAACAUAGACCCAGAAGUUUGUUCAACACCAAAUAAUCAAAUGAAUAGCAAAAUAGAUAAAAUCUUAGUCUUACAAACCAACAUGAAAAAAUGAAGAUUUAAUAUUAAAAAUUCAACGAUUUUUAUAUGUAGAUUCGAUUUAAAAACUGUAUCUUUAAAAAAAAUCA